AUGUAUUUUUAUUUAUUGUUUAUUUUCAUUCACUCAAAAGGUUUUGAAUUGUUUAUUGAAAAGGAUAAAUAAUACUUGAUUGCAAAUGAGAAGAAAAUUGAUACACUAUUUAAAAUGGAAUUUUUGGAGCAAACUUAAUGUCAUCCUGCAAAAUUAUAUUUAGAAAAAUCAAAUGAAAGACAUAGUAAAUUUGUAUUCCUCAAUAAUCAAUAAGAACAGAUUUCUAUUACAAUAAAUCCUUUAGUUUUUGAUGCAGAUGUAUUGAAUAUUUCGUAAAAUUCCAAAAAAUAAAAAUUUUAAAUAGAGCCAAAUUAACAAGAAUAAUUUAUAAUGACGUAUGAAUGUCAGCCGUAAAAAGAUUAAAUUUCAUGGAGUUUAAUAAUACUUAAUUUUACAGUAUUUGUAGAUUAAAAUAAUUCUCAAUCCUAUUCAAUUUAAUUCUACAAGCAAUGCCAACAGACAGAAUAAUACUUACAUCCAUUAAUAAUGUUAUUAAUUUUAGCAGUUUCAUUAAUAAUAAUUGGCACAAAUUAUGGAUUAUAAGAAAUUAGAAUUAUUGAAUCAAUAAAGACUGAAGAAUUCAACGCAAAGACAUCCAUGUUAUUUAUUUUAUCUGCAAGUAUUUUGUUAUUUUGUCUAUAUAAAUUUCCAACUAUUGGAUAAAUGUAAAAAAAGUAUAUAAUAUAUUAGAGUUUUGAGUAUAGUGAUAUUUUUUAUGGCAAUCCUAAGUAUUUAAAUAAUAAUAGAAGAUUAGUUGCAAAAGUUCUUGAAAAAAUAUUUAUUGCUAAAGAUUAUUUCAUAUUUGAUAAGCUUAUUUAUUGUAUUCUCGUAUUUUUAAACUAAAAAUUGGAUAAUAAAUAAUAUAGUAGCAUUUCUAAUUACGCUUUUGAUGUUCAAAGUAAUAAUUUCAAAUAUCAUUGAGAUAAUUGAAGUUGAUAGCUUUAAAACCUCUACAAUCUUAUUAAGUCUAGCUUUCUUUUAUGAUAUAUUUUGAGUGUUCAUAAGUCCAGUAUUUUUUGGAACAUCUGUUAUGGCAUAAGUAGCCACAUCCAUAGAUUUACCAAUGAAAUUUAUAUGCCCUCCUUUGAUGAAAUCAUAUAAUUCUCCUUUAAUGAAAUGCUCCAUACUUGGCUUAGGUGAUAUUCUAUUACCAGGAAUAGUGAUCAAAUACAUUCUAAAAUUUGAAAACAUUUUAAACAAAGGGCAUUGUAUGUAUAUUACAUCGAUAAUUGGAUAUUGUAUUGGAUUACUAAUUUGUAUGCUUUCAUUAGUAAUAUACUAAUAAGCUCAACCAGCUUUGUUAUAUUUAGUUCCUAUCAUAUUGAUACCUGUGCUAAUAGUUAGUGUGAUAAGAAAACAGUUUUAUUCUUUGUGGAUUGGCUAAAUAUUUAGAUCUUAGAAAUCGGCUGGAGUUUAUGAAUUGUAAUAGAGUGAGUAAGUUUGA